UCCUCAUUGCCUCGUGUCGUCUCCUCUAUCACAUCAAAGUGCAUGAGUGCACAAGUGCACCAUGGCGACCAAGACCCCAAAUCUCGACUCCUACACGGAGCUUUGCUCCUUUCGUAGAGGCGCCUCGCGCGCCAAUGAGGCUGGGUUGAGGGCCAAUGAUCAUCUUAAAAGAGCCCUCUCCGAGAUUGAUGGGCUCUUGGCCGGUCUCAGCUACCUCGACGAGACGGAUCCCUUGGCCCCAAGACCAGGAAAAGCCCCGGCCGACGCCAUCGAACUCGAGCUCGAUGGCUUCCUAAGCCGAGAAUCCCCUUCGGAGCCUGCAGCCACCUACCAAAACCAGGGCGAUAACACGACAAAUCCGGGGCCGAAGACGCGGAGUACUGGCUGGUCCUGCGUCCGAAACGUUCGAGACGGCAUGAAUCGGCAAUGGCAGCAAUUCAACGACCUGGCAAGCGAGCUCAACAAUGACGCCAUCAACAAAAUUCGUGGAGAUUACGGCAACGCCAAAGGCCUGCGCGAAACCGGCGUUUUUGCGUUCCGCAACACCUUGACAGGCCCGGCGCCGAAUGACUUGCGAAAAGUCUUUGCCUUCACUAGCCUGUCCUAUGUUGUGACGUGCCUUCUUCGCGAACUGGGUAGUUUGCCCAAAGAAGAAAAGGUGCUGUCGGGCAUCCAGGUCUGGAUGAAUGCGAUCCAGGACAGCAAGGAACGGCGAGCUUUCACCAUCCUCGCUAGCCAUCUCUGGCCAGAGGCCAAGAACUACAUCCACUUCUUUGACCUUGAGACGCCUGAACCAAAGCAGACUGGAGCGACACUUCGCAGAGAUCAAUGGACUGGCCCUAGUGAUAGUCUCGAUGCUAUUCUGUGUCAGCACAUGCCGCCCAUUGGCAACGACAUCGGUUCAAUGAUGUCCUCGGCAAAUCCCUUCCAGCCAGUCGCCAUUCCCGUGUCCAAUGCCGGACCUCUGCAACAGGGACAUAUCGAUAUCCCUGACCGAAACCCUACACAUGGGUUUUUGGAUCAUGUUUAUCACGUCACCGAUCUGACAUUUGAUUCAGUGGAGUUUUGGCAGUUUCUGAAAAUCCCUGGCAUAGACGAUGGCUCCUCGGCUUUGCCAAUGACUAACCAAGGCGGACUUCCAGGGCUGCCCCCGGAGACAGGUCAAGGCUUUGAUCCGGUCCCGAUGAGCCCAGCAGAGGAAGACGAUGCGGCUGAGGAUAGCUCGCGCCCUGACAGCGGCGUUUCUGUGGAAUCUCUCAAGAAAACACAGCUGUUCACCGUGUUUUCCGUAUUAUUCAAAGUCCUCAAGCAGCUAUGCUUCGUCCUCUCGGGCCAGGGAAUGACGGCAAAGGACCUUUCCUCGUUUCUUGCCUUCUUCCAGGAGCAGCACAGUAUCAAGGACCACAUUGACGAAGAGUUCAUGCGGCCCUUGCGGGACGAGGGUGGUUCCAAGGAUGCCCCCUCUCAGGCGAUAGUGUCGGUCGCGAGCAAAUUCGUGAACCUGGGGUACUUGCAGACCGUCGAAGAGGUGACGGCCUAUAUGACUAUAAUUGGACGGGAGAUUUUCGAUGUCGAUGCAACAGCAUAUCAGCGGUUCAUGGAAUGGAUCCUAAAACCGUCACGGAGCAAAAGCCCCAGCUCGCCGACCAGCUCGGUGCAUAAGCCAAGGCGAUCCAGUGGGGGAGUUGUCAAGAGGAAAGCCGUGGUCCAGUCCGGGCUCACAGGGUAGGCUCAUUGAUGGAUUCCCUGGUUGCAAGUUGCUGACGCAAGCCAGAAAACGGUUCUUUUGUGGGAACUGUGGAAAGUGUUUCGACAGAAAGUACAACAUGCAACGACAUGAGAAG